GCAUAACGCAGGUCGUGUUUGCCUUUGCAUUGCUGCAAUAAGCAAACAUCGACAUCGACUGACUGCAGACGCUACAAGCAGAACUAGGCUGAGGAGCGGAAAUCCUUGUUGUUGCUGCACGUUUCCUCCUCAGCUAGGCGUAGAAGCCAGCAGGAGGCGGAUUCCAUGGCGGUCCUCAGGAGGGAAGCCGCUGGCCAGGCCAGAUUGGCGGGAACAGCCAUAGGAUGUCUCGGAAUAAUUGUUCUGCUUGGUUUUGUCAUUCAGUCCUUUGCGAUCCCCACAGGUGAGGCCGACUCCUUAUCGAAGGCAACUACGGCUGCUCAGAAUGCGGAAACAGCAACUGACAUUGUAAGCAGGCAGCUCGGAGAGUACGACUAUGGCGAUGACAAGUACGGCAAAGGGAACUACAAGGACGGCAAAUAUGAGGGUGACGAGUACUACAGUCACAAGAAGUACGAGAACAAGAAAAACGACGACGUGUACUACAAGAAGUACACUGAAAAGAACUAUAAUGAAAAAACAUAUGUAAAGAAAUACGCCGACGAGAAGAAGUACGACAAGUAUGAUGAGGAUAAGAAGUAUUACAAGUAUGGCAAGUAUGAUAAGUACGGCAUGAAGUAUGAUGGUAAGUACGAUGGUAAGUACGAUGGUAAGUACGACGGUAAGUACGAUGGUAAGUACGACGGUAAGUAUGAUGGUAAGUAUGAUGGUAAGUAUGAUGGUAAGUAUGAUGGUAAGUAUUAUGGUAAGUACGAUGGUAAGUACGACGGUAAGUACGAUGGUAAGUAUUAUGGUAAGUAUAAUGAUAAGUAUGAUGGUAAGUAUGAUGAUAAGUAUGGCAAAUAUGAUGGUAAGUAUGGCAGUAAGUAUGGUCAGUAUGAUGGUUACUCUGGUAAAAAUGAUGGUAAAUACGAUGGUAAAUACGAUGGUAAAUACGAUGGUACAUACGAUGGUAAAUACGAUGGUAAAUACGACGGUAAAUACGAUGGUAAAUAUGAUGGUCACUAUGGUUACUAUGGUAACUAUGGUAAGUAUGAUGGUAAGUAUGAUGGUAAGUAUGGCAAACAUGAUGGUAAGUAUGGCGGUAACUAUGGUACGUAUGAUGGUAACUAUGGUAAGUAUGAUGGUUACUAUGGUAAAAGUGAUGGUAAAUACGAUGGUAAAUACGAUGGUAAAUAUGAUGGUCACUAUGGUUACUAUGGUAACUAUGGUAAGUAUGAUGGUAACUAUGGUGAGUAUUAUGGCAAGUAUGGUAAGUAUGAUGAUAAGUAUGGUAUGUAUGAUGGUAAAUACGAGAAGUAUUAUGGUAACUAUGGUAAGUAUUAGACGAAAGACGAUGUGACGUAUGGCAAGAAGGCUGAGAGGAAGGGUCAUUAUCACAAGGAUGAUGGCCAGAAGUACAAUUAAAGCCUUUAAAGCCUUUAAAGGGAGUACGGCAUGAAGUGGGAUGAGAAGUGGCAUGAAGAGAAGCAGCCCGCAGGACGAUCAAACGACGUUAUGGCAACACAAGAGAGCUAUGACGAGAAGCACACGCACUUCAUGGAGUUGAGACAGCACAAACACGUUGCGUGAGAAUUUACUUCCGCGAAGGAUGCAACGUGUACAAGAGACGGCAUGAUAAUGGUAUUCAGGAUGAUGGCCAAGCUUUCGUCUUGCAUUUUUCGCAUGGUAGUGGAACAGGGAUCAUAAGCAAAGUCCCCGGACAUAAACUGGAUUAAGCAGAAGAAUCUAUCGCGGUCGAUCUUGCUCAUGCCUUUCACUGCAGGGACAGCAGAUAAGGGUAAUUACUAAUUAGUAAUUACAAA